UACAGUACAAAUGGCCGACACUUAUCAUGACAGUGAACUAUUGUGAAAGAGAUUUAUCUACUAGAUCACAUAAAAGAGUUUUGAUUAAUAACAAUGGACCAAGUACCAGAUACAGCCCAGCAUUAUAUCGAGUGUGACACGGGAUCAUGUAGGAACUUCUCAGAGUUUUACGGUAAUACCUGUCACCAGCGAAUAUGUGACCAUUGCGAACAGCCUCAUAGAAAAAAUAACAAAAUCCAUAACAUUGUCCCUUAUCAGGAGAGAAAGAGAAAACUUCCUUCUGAAAAAUGCAAGAUCCAUCCCACCCAAGAAAUAGACGUUAACUGUAAAGUUUGCCAGGAUCCUGUCUGUUCUAUAUGCUUUACCUCACAUCACAAACGUCAUGACAAAAGUGACCUUGAAACCAUCUACAAUGACAUUCUACACCGAUGUCAGAAGGAAAUAACUAUGAUCUGGAAAACUCUCAUUCCCGAAGCUAAAAAUAAUGUUGAGUCACUUGUAAAAGAAAAAGAAAACAUCAAGAGUGAAAUUGCCAAGAUAAGAGUUUCCAUGAAGAAGAGAGCAGAUGAACUGAAAGAGGCUGUUGAAAGUGUACUUCUUGAUAAUUAUAAAAAAAUGGAUGAGAUGGAGAACUCUGUACUAUAUGAUAUAGGGAAACAACAGAAGGAAACAGAGAACUACAAAAAUUACCUUGAAAAAAUUAUUUCAGACUAUGAGAGUAAAAUGUCUUCCAUAAAACACACUGAACUCAUGAAAUUCCAGUUAGACAUUUCAUUAGCUACCCUGAAGAUGUCUAGAACAUCUGAACCCAAACUUCCAACUUUUACACUAGGUACAUUAAAUAAAGAGGAAAUAGCCAAACAAUUUGGAGAAAUUGAAUAGAUUU